AUGCUCAUUACGCUCAUUUUGUUUAUACAACGUAUUAUAGAAUCACUUUUUGACGUAUGUGGUUCGCCUAAAACGUGUUGUUUCGCUACAUGGUGUCCCGAAUGUGUGUUUGGUUACAAUGCUGCUAAUGUAACUGAUGGUUCUUGUUGUGGAUAUUGUUGUGCAUAUCUGAUAUUGAUGCCAUGCGGCUUAUGUGGAAUUGUGCAUAUGCCAAUACGCACUAAAUUACGUGAGAAAUACAAUCUUCAAGAAGAGCCCAGUGAUUGUCUUGCGAGUUAUUUAUUUUCGUUCUGUGCUAUUUGCCAAGAAGCGCGUGAGAUCGAAUCUCAGGAUCAAUCAUCCAACACGAGAAUUAAAACAACGCAACCGUUUAACAGUUCAGUCAGCAAUGCUGAUAGUGAAUUAACAGGAGAAAGUGAAGCUUCACAAACAUAA